AUGGCACUCAUCCCAACAGGAAUCGAGUCUUCCACAGAACCCACUAUUAAUCAUCCAGCCAUUCUUGUAAUAGGAAGAAGUGGUGUAGGAAAAAGCACGCUGUGUAAUUGGUUAUUGGGUUACGAAGGAAAUGACGGUAUUUUCGAAACUGAUAGUAAUCAGACAAAAAUGAAUGAAGGAUGUGUCUCCAGUCUUCUAAAAAUUGAGAAUAGGUGGUUGAAUCUCAUCGAUACUCCUGGGCUUUUCGAUCCCAACGAAGAUUUCAGAAACGAAAAAUCCAUUAAAAAAGUUGCUAGCAUCAUUAGAGAAUGUUCAUACGGAGUCCAGGCUAUUAUUUUAGUCAUUGACAGACAUGACCUUCAAUCUUUUGAUAACACUCUCAGGGUGGUCAAAUCUUUUUUGGGGGACGAGAGUCUCGAACAUAUGAUCAUAGCAUUUACAUAUUGUACAAAGGGACAAACAGAAAACGAGGGAACCUUGAUUCUUCGCAAAAAUAUGAGAAAUCUUUUGACCACAAUUAGGAAUCGUAAAUUUAUCUCCCCUAACCCUGACAUAUUUACGAUAAAUGAUGAUGCGGUAAUAAAAAAUAUGAACAUAGCUCGAAGACUAAUCGAUGAAUUUUCGUCCGCGUACACAACCGAAAUGUUCAAUCGAGUUCGAGAUGCCAAAGAUAAAGUAAAGCAAUCAGAAAAAGAGGCAGGUGAUUGCUUUGAUAUCAGCACCAAGGUUAUACUUGAAAAUGGAAAUAUUGUAAAAAUGAUGAAUGUUGUCAUUGGUGACCGCGUCUGCGUAGGCGUAAAAAAGGAUAAAUUGGAAUUCUCGGAGGUUUAUCUAAUAGCGCAUUAUAACAUUGAAAGAUCUACAAAGUUCCUGGAGAUUGAAUUCUCAUUGGAAAAUGAGCGAGAGGUUUCAGGAGACAUUUGUCUUACCCCAGACCAUCAUAUAUUUUUUAACGGUGCCUUGGACUAUGCAAAAAACAUUAUUCCCAAUAUUUCAAAGAUUAAUGUUUUACAUAAUAAUCGGAUGGUGCCGGCCAAUGUUACAAAAGUCAGAACUGUAUAUCACGAUGGCUUUAUUGCAGUUUUUACGCGUGCGGGAACAAUCCUCGCAAACAACGUAUUAUGUUCAUGCUACGCACUUUCCCCACCUUACCAAGAAAUAAACCAUGCUGUCCUGGCACCACUUCGAAUAGCAAGCUAUUUUAAAAGGUUGAAUAACGAGGGAAAAGAGUUUAACCCAUACAUUGAAUUUUUAUACAAGAUGUACAAUAGAGUUAAUGGUAGAAAUACUGAAACCUCUAAAAAGUUUUCUUAA